CUCAAAACCGGAGGUAACUCCCAAAUGUUGCAGAAAAAGUAGAGAGAGAAAGAGAGAGUAAGAGAGAGAAAGUGAGAGAGAGAAAAAGAAGAGUAGGGAUCCUGGAUCCACUCUCUUCCCGAUUCCUGCAACCAUCCCCCACUCUCUUCCUUCGUCGCCCACUUCCUCACCAUUCUCUCUCUAAAAUUCCCAACACUUCUCUCUACAAUUACCCACUUUCUCUCUCUAAACCAAGUUUUCUCUGCAAUUUGCGACUCUCUCUAAAACGGACUUCGUCGCUCCUCUGCUACUCGGCCACACAACAAUUCCCACAACCCCGCAUUCGCCCUCCCAAAGCUGGAGCCCCUUCAAGAAGCUCAGCCGUUGAAACCCCAAGUUAACGGUCAGAUCCGCUACAGAUCCCCUUCCUGUGCUGAAUUAGAGGGCCAAGUCCAGUCAUUCACGGAGACGGGGGAGAAAAUGAAGAGAAUGAGGCAUGAAUCCACGGGAGAAAGACUUUACAGGUUUAGAGGUGUAAUUCUCGUGAUUUGUGUUCCUCUUCUUUUGAUCUCCUUCGUGUUAUUCUUGAUGCCUCGAGUUCCAGAGGAGAUCGAUACGUUUGUUGAGGUUCAAAGUGCUGGGGUUUCAAAGGAUUCGAUGAGGAAGAUGCAGAAUGUCCAUGGAUCGAAGAGCUAUGCUGUGAUCUUUGAUGCAGGGAGCUCGGGGAGUAGGGUUCAUGUCUAUUGUUUCGAUAAGAAUUUGGAGCUUGUUCCAAUUGAGAAGGAGCUCGAGCUCUUUGUUCAGAAAAAGCCAGGAUUGAGCUAUUAUGCUAGCAACCCGGAGGAGGCUGCGAAUUCUCUCAAGCCUCUCUUAGUCAAAGCUGAAAGUGUGAUUCCCCAAGCCUUGCGCAAGGUUACGCCAGUCAGAGUUGGGGCGACUGCAGGACUGAGGUCGUUACCUGGGGACUCAUCUGAUAGAAUUUUACAAGCAGUAAGGGAUUUAUUGGCAGAUCAGAGUUCUCUGAUGUCAAAACCAGAUUGGGUUACAGUUUUAGACGGAACUCAGGAAGGCUCUUUUCAGUGGGUUACUAUCAACCAUCUUUUAGGAAAUUUGGGGAAAAGUUACUCACAUACGGUUGGUAUAGUUGAUCUUGGAGGGGGCUCUGUGCAAAUGGCAUAUGCCAUUUCAGAAAAGGAUGCUAAAAAGGCCCCAACAAUAAUAGAUGGGGAGGACACAUAUGUCAAGGAACUGUUUCUUAAGGGAACCAAGUACUACCUUUAUGUGCACAGUUACUUGCACUAUGGACUUUUGGCAGCUCGUGCUGAGAUAUUAAAAGUUGAUAGAGACUCGGAUAGUCCAUGCAUUUUAAAAGGCUUUCAUGGGUCCUACAAGUAUGGAGAUACUCAAUUUAAGGCAUCGGCUUUACCCACUGGAUCUGAUUUUACUAGCUGUAGAAGGGCUGCUGUGAAGGCCCUUAGGGUUAAUGACACAACAUGCACUCAUAUGAAGUGUACGUUUGGUGGGAUAUGGAAUGGUGGUGGUGGAGAUGGGCAAAAGAAUCUUUUUGUGGCCUCCUUCUUCUAUGAUAGAGCUGCAGAGGCAGGUUUUGUUGAUCCAAAGCAACCUGUUGCCAAAGUGAAACCAGCAGAUUUCGAGGAUGCAGCCAAGAGGGCUUGCCAAUCAAGUCUUGAUGAGGCCAAGAAGACAUUCUCACGAGCAGAAGAGGGGAACCUGCCCUAUCUCUGCAUGGACCUUGUUUAUCAAUACGCGCUUCUCAUUGAUGGAUUCGCGUUGGAUCCAUGGCAGGAGAUCACAUUGGUGAAGCAAGUGGAGUAUAAAGGUUUUCCAGUUGAAGCUGCAUGGCCGUUGGGUAGUGCUAUUGAGGUUGCAUCAGCAAUUUGAAUUCUUAGUUUCCAUUCAAUGGCAUAAGAUCUUUGUUCCAUUGGAGAAAAAAGGGUUCCUAGAGUGCCAUUCUGUUGUUCUAUUGGGUGUUGCUUCACAAAACACAGACAUGGAUUCAUUUGUAUAAGUAUCAUAUUCAAAGUCGAAGAGGCUGCAAUUUACGAUUUGAAGCGAGGAGAUUGGUAUUGAAAAGUGUUUUUCACGAUGAUCGGCCAUUUUGUUGUGAAUAGGGAUGAGCUCUGCUGUGUAGAGAGAGGGGAAGAAAGAGAUUUGAGUAGUUUCUCUUUUUGUAUCUCAAGCUGCACAAGAGGAGAUCUAUUUAAUGAAGCCUCCAACUUCAGUUAAUCCUGGACUGUGACUGUUGCAUGCAAUCUUUGGAUUAGUGCAUUUCUCUGGAGUUCCCUCUCUCCCACGAUCGUCAAAGUGAUGAAUUUUUGAGACUCGCUUUCUCUCUCUAGUUCCCUCUCUCCCAUGUUUGUGAAACUCUCUCUCUCUCUCUCUCUUGCUCAUGGUAAUGAAUCUGUUACAUUUUAUUGACCAAUUGUGAGUCAAAUUCUCUCCGGUCCUCCGUUUUGAUGCUUGGUGAGGUGAAUUAAAUGUCUUCAUUUGAGAUUU